UCCCUCUGCAGCCUCACUAGUUCUCCCUCUGCUCUCUCCUCUAGCUCUCAGAGUGUGUUUUGGGAGCGAGGUGAAGACAGGAUGCUGCUGCUGCUGCUGCUGAUGCUACAGCUGUCUGGGCUCCAUGUCACCUUCAGGGCCCACUGAGGAGGACAACGCUGCAGGUGUGACCUCAAGGACCCUACAACUGUUGCUCUCGACCCGCGUUUCUUCACCAUCAUCAUCAUCACCACGCGCAAUUUAAGAGAGAAAAAAACACAAUGAGGACCAAGUUGUGCUCAGUUGAAGUGGCUGCACAGCUCUUUCUGUCAGCAGUGCUGCUCUGUGUGGUGGACAGUAAAGGAACCUUCUAUGGAGGAGGUCACGUCAACCCGUUCUAUGGAAGCAGAUACAACCUGUUCAAGGCUGGACUCAACGCUCAGCAUCUACCAAACAAGCCAAUGACACGCCACAAAAACCACUGUGCCUACGUGGUCCAGAGGAACAUCACGUGCGUCAUGCAGGACGGCGUGUCCACCUUCGUGAAGGCCGAGUACACCACCAAGUGCAUCUGGGGUCAGAAGUGUCCAGUUGUUGUGUACAGAACGUUCUACAAGCCAAAGUACAAGGUGGGUUUCAAGACCGUGACUGAGCUGGAGUGGAGGUGUUGUCCCGGUUACUCUGGAGACCAGUGCUUUGAAGGACCCACGUCGUCACCCGACGUCAGUGAUGCUGCACUGCCACAUCGUCCAGGGAUAAAGGGCUUCCCUUACGGUCCCAGACCUCCUGUAGACCACAAGCCUGGAGGAGGCCAGCUGGAGCCGGGCAAACCUGUGCCCAGUCUGCCUGACCACAGACCAGGUCCCACGGGACAAAUUCCUGCUGGAGGUGGAAAAACAAACUACGGAAACAAAUUUGGGAUCUCUGGAGUGAGUGGCGAGCGUCUGGACCGUAUGGAGGAGGACCUGCGUCGCCUCACUCAGGGCCUGGACACGCUCACUGGGGCGGUGGCCGGCCUUGAGGUGAGACUGCGAACAUCCCUGCGAGAGGACACCAACAAACUCCUGGUGUCUCUGCUGCCCGGUGGUCCUCGUGUGCCGGACUCUGUGGUGGGAUUUGGAGUGAUCCCAGAUGAUUCGGAAGGAGUGGAUGGAGGCGAAAGCUUCCCUGGAUUUGGAGAUUUAGCAGGGAGGGUGACAGAAGUGAGGGACGAGCUGCGAGCCAAGGCUCACAUCUUAGAGGAGAUUCAGGGAAUGGUCCUUGGUCACGAUGGCCAGCUGAAGAGCCUGCUGGAGGGUGCUAGAGGCAGGCCAAUCCCUGGCCCCGGUUCUACCGCUCUUAUUGAAGAGAUCCUGAACACCAAGUUGGCGGACAUGCGGGCUGAGAUCCUGGACGGCUUUGAGAACCGUCUAACCAAUCUGGAGAACAUCUGCGACAAGAGGAUUGGUGAGGUGCAGAAGCAGUGUCACCAGGAGCACAUGAACGGCCAGGAGCAGAUGCAGCAGACUCUGGAUGGAAGAGAGACCGGGCUCAGGGAGGAACUGGGCUCCAUUCAGGCUCAGAUCCAGGGCCUGACUCUGACUGAGAGCUGCUGUGGACAGGUGAGCAGCCUGUCUCAGCGUGUUCUGCUGCUGGAGGAGUCUGUAAAAGGUUUGACAGAAUCCCAGAGACAGCUGCAGACUGCCCUCACUGACCAGACCUUCCAUGUGGAGACGCUGAUUGAAACCCGGCUGGUGGACAUGGAGGGCCGCCUCAACACCACAGAGGGUGGAGCUGAUGGAGGGCUCCCUGGAGGUCUCACUGGCUUUAAGACCUUGCUGGAGGACAAGCUGAAGACCCUGGAGGAGAAGGUGUUUGUAGCUGUGGAGGAGCUGAGCAACGCCACAGCUCCUGCUCUCCUGGAGGGUCAGGUGGUCCCGGCACUGGAGACGGAGAUCGAGUCGGUGAGGAGGAGGGUGGAGGGAGACCUGGACGGCAUUCAGAAGCAAUUAACAGACCUGGAGCUCCUCUGCACCUCCUCCUGCUCACCCUCCACCCCGCCAGCAGGGGGUAUCAGCAUCACUGAAGUGGAGGAGGAGUGUGAGGGGAUGGAGAAGAAGAUGACAGGUCGUCUGGACACACAUUCUAAACAGCUGGACCGACUAAACAACACCCUGCAGAACCUGCUCUUCAGGAUCGCACAGGAGGACACGGAGGGCGCCGUCCAGGGGGAGAUCACCCUGCUGAAGGUCAACAUCAACUCUGUGAACCGCACUCUGAAGGGUCUCAAGGACUCCAUCAGCUACAUUGCAGGGGAGGUGGGCCAUGCCAAUUCCACUUGGGAGCAGAGAGAGCACCAGCUCGUCAACCAGGUGCAGGGAAUCACCAGACUCGUGGGUCACCAAGCCUCGCUCCUGGGGGCCGGAGAGAGGAGGCUGGCCCAGCUGAAGGGAGAGCUGGUGACUCUGAAGAGGCAGCUGUCGGGGGAGCUGCGAGGCUGCAGGAGCACAGCGAUGGACGUGCAGAGGGAGGUGAAGGACUUUGACAGCAGGGUGAGUCAGGUGGAGGGACAGUGCAGCGGCCUGGGGGAGCUGGCGGAGCAGCUGGAGAAGAUCAGGGCCGAGCUGGAGAGACACUCAGACUCAUACCUGGCCCAGGUGAACGGCACCCUGGUGGACCACUCAGAACAGCUAGCUGAGCUGAAAGGAGAGGUCAAAGACUGUGCGGCCAAGGAAGCAGCAAACCAAAAAGGAGACCAGUAGCAUCUGAGCUACAGAUUUUACUUUGUUUUUCUUUGUUGUUGUUGUUUUUUAAAGAGGGACUCUUAAAAUGAUAGUACACAUUUUUUGAAAUGUGGUUGUAUGAGACACAGAAAAACAGAUUUGAGCAACAGUUUUAACAAAAGGCUGUAAAACAACAUGUUUUCUCACCAUGAAACAGUGAAGUUUGUCCACGACUCGCACUGAACUGCAGAGAUAAAACCAGUGCUUUUAUUUGAACCUGAAACACAAAGUCACAAAAUAACACAUUUGAAUGUAUUGAUGGAGACGGCAGUGGAUCAGCGACCUAACCCUCGCACAGCAACACAAAACAGAAGGCUGUCUUAUAAUAACACGAGGCAGCUUCAUGUAGAGCAGACUUGAGCCGGCGUACAGUUCAGUGAGUGCACUAACAGGUGAUUUUCCACUAGGGAAACAGUAGCUUUAGUUCAUUUUACCCUAAAACUCGUCCAUUUUUUGCUCAUUUAACUCUUGUUUUAGCUGAAACGGCAGCAAUCUGUGCUACUUUGACACUUCACUACACGUGAUUCAGCUACUUUGAGUGUCACACUGGUUCCCAGCACGUCAGUGUCUCAUACAGCCACACUUUACACAAGUAAACUAUGUAUUUUCUGCGUGCCUCUCCUUAGACUCUAGUGACUUCCUCUGGUUCUCUCUUGUCUUUUUUUAAUCCCAUCUGCACAGAUGCAAAUUAACGCUCGGCAGUCCGCUGCCUCCAGAUGUUCUGGCAGUUUGGUUUAUUGGAGUGAGGAGACGCAGAGGCAGAAUCAUGGUUGUAUAGCUGGGCAAUAUUUCCCCUUGAGAUUUUAUUCUAUAGGGCAUUUGUUUGAUUUUUCUUUUAUGAUUGUUUUCUUUUCAUAGUUGACCUUUUUUUUUAACUUAUAUGAAGUGAGUGCAUUGUCAUGAUGUUAAAGAGAAAUGAUAACAAAAGGAAGUGAGUGAUAUGGGACUGAUUCGCUGCUACGGGUUUCUACUGACCAGCACACUCAACAUCCUCUGCAUGUGUGGACUCUCCUCUGGUCUUUUCUAAACAAUACUGUACUGUCAACUUGGUGCUAUUUUUUUUUUUGGUAAACUCAUUUUACACCAGUUUUAAAAUGUAUUUUUCUUGUGAUAGUUUUGUUUGUUUUUCAUUGUUCCAACUUUCAGAGAAGUUCCACGGUUCUCCAUCAGGGGGCAGUGUCAACACAUCACACAUCACAUGACAGGAGGAGGGAAAAGAAGGGCUGUGCUCAGAAUGAUAGUGGGUUUUUUUACACAAAUAUUUUUUCAGUUUCCAUUGUGGCUUAUGUUCUGUCUAAAUCAAUACAAAUCUAUUUAUCCGUGUAAAUGACUGUAUGCAGCAGCUUCAGGCUGUGAACUUAACAGUGUAUUUAUUGUAAAAUCCCACAUGAUGUAAAAAAUGUCCUCUUUUUUGAGUGCCAACAAAUACACAUGGAAAAAGAGAGAAAAGUGUUUGUUCUGGAGCUAAAACAAGUGUUAUCACAUAUAAACAUAAACAUUACAUUUACAUUCAAGUGUUUGUAGGUCACAAAAAGUCACAUAUAAAUGUCUUCUUCAUUUAAAUGUGUCCUGAAAGAACAUAUAUGUAUAUUUUAUUUAACCAGGAAUAAAACACAUUAAGAUACAAUGGAUACAACCAAUAAAAUAGCACAGCAUAAAUGAUACAAUAUACAUACAAAUCUACUAAAUGUUAAACGUGUCCAGUGAGACCACAUCCUUCCAUUUAAAAGGAAAGAGGGAGCUGCAUAUGUCUGUGCACUAGCUCCCUCUAGUGGUGGUUCUGGAGCGGACACUCUGUGUAAAGUCAGUUCUUUCAGUGAAGGAAAACCUUAGAAAUAAAACAAACACGUUUCCUCUGUUUGGUAACUUUAUGUCAGUUUAAUACAUUUGAAGAAAGGAUUUCAAACACAGGCCACAAAAUAACUCGUUUGAACACAAACACUACACAUGUGUGUCACUUUACAUUAAGGGUCAUGAGGAGCCUUAAUAAAGAGAAAUAAUGCUUAAUAAAUGCUAAGGUGUAGUUAAGUAAGGCUUAUAAAUGUUUUACACGUUACGAUAAGUGUCACAAGGAGCAUUAAUAAAGGUAGAGUGCUGCUAUAAUUACAUUAUAAAAUGGUUAUGUUGUGCUAUAUGAAGUACAUUUGUUUCUUCUCUUCUUCACUUCUGUUCAAAACAACUGACUUAACCAAAGUGACAGAAGAAGGAAAGUGCUCUCAUACAGGAAUGUCAACUGACACAUAAAAAACUACACACUCACAAGACC